AUGGGUCGCAUGUAUGGCAAGGGCAAGGGGAUUGCGUCCUCCGCGAUCCCCUACAAGCGCACACCUCCUACCUGGCUCAAGAUGAAGUCCGAAGAUGUCUGCGACCACAUCAGCAAGCUUGCUAAGAAGGGGCUGACCCCUUCUCAGAUUGGUGUCACGCUGAGGGAUAGCUUCGGUGUGCCCCAGGUGAAGACAGUGACAGGCAACCACAUCCUCCGCAUCCUGAAGACCAAUGGUCUGGCCCCAACACUGCCGGAGGACCUGUACUACUUGAUCAAGAAGGCGGUGUCCAUCCGAAAGCAUUUGGACAAGAACCGCAAGGACAAGGAUGCCAAGUUUCGCUUGAUCCUGGUGGAGAGCCGCAUCCACCGGCUCGCCAGGUACUACAAGCGGGUCAAGUCCCUUCCAGCGACUUGGAAGUACGUCUCUGCCACUGCUUCUGCCCUGGUGGCAUAG